UGGUUUGUUUGCUGCUCCGGGGUUUGUGAAAGCACGGAGCGCUGCGAUGAUCCUCCACACUGCCCACACUACCCACUCACUGUAACCACGGAGAAACGUCUCAGCCCUCUGAAGCAAACUCUGGACUACACUCCGCUUCCUCCCAUCCUCUCUUGAACAUCCCAAGCUCCUCACGUGUCCAUUAAGGCCUCCUCUGUCAAUAACAAAUAAGUUUGAUGAUUUAAAUCUGGACAGUACAGGACAAUCUUCACAGUAUCCAGUGAGAGAGACGAGCCUCCAAGGACAUGGAGCUGCUGACAGUGUAGCCAAGGAACGGUGUGCACCAUGGCCUCUAAACCUCACGCCCCUCUAAUGAAGAAGCACAGCCAGACGGACUUAAUAAGCCGUCUGAAGAGCCGGAAGAUCCUCGGAGUUGGUGGCGAGGAUGAUGAUGGCGAAGUGCACCGCUCAAAGAUCAGUCAGAUGCUCGGAAACGAGAUGAAGUUCGCCGUGCGGGAGCCUGUCGGCCUGAGGGUGUGGAUACUCGUCUCGGCGUUGGGUUUCACAGUUGUGGCUCUGAUGGCUCUGGUGUUUCCCAACCAGCUAUAUGAGGUUGUUUUUGAGGAGGAGCUCACCACAACUAGCAUCUCUAUCCGCCUGUAUGGAGGAGCGUUGCUCAGCCUGGCCCUCAUCAUGUGGAACGGCCUCUACACAGCAGAAAAGGUCAUCAUCCAGUGGACUCUGCUAAGUGAAGCCUGCUACUUUGCCGUCCAGUUUCUAGUGACAUGCAUCACUCUAAUGGAGCUCGGCAUCCUGCCCAACGGCGCCAUCCUCCUGCUCCUCAGCCGAGUACUCUUCUUGGUCGUCACCGUCGCUUACUACUACCACCUGGGCCGAAAGCCCAAGAAGAUCUGAGCUGUGAACUGUGGGGAAACUUCCAGGGUGGGGACUCUUGAGCACAGAUCACAAACGUGGGUUCAGAAGGUUUGGAUUAGUAUUUGAUUGGGACUCGGAUCAUUACUUUGCCAGUCAAUGCCCCCUGCCCCCUAGUGUGGGACCUAGCCUUAUGUAAGCCCCGGUGUUUAACAGAUGAGCACAGUCUCACGUCCCAGACUCUACAACAACAACAACGAGAAACUUCAUAGUGAAUGUGACCUACUCUUACACUGGACUGUGAGGCCAGGCCCCUCUCAACACUCUUCCCUCCCUCGUGCGUUGCUGUUCUCUAAAGAAAGAGCUAGCGGUUUGUAGUGCGUUGCAAUCUCGUGUCACCUGGUUAUUAGUAUGUACAGUAUAGGGUAAUUUUUAACACUUGACUGUAUUGUCCAUGUACGGCUACAUGACUUCUGGGCUCAGUAUUUGGUGUAUUCUGUUGACUUUGGCUCUUGAAAUUGUUUCUUAAUCACAACCAAGGACCAAGAGUUUGUGCUAUCUUGUGUUUCCCGUUUGAUACUGUUGAUGUAUAUCAUAUUAUAUGUACGCUAAAGCCAAGCCUGCAUAUCUGAACUCAUGCAUGCCUUCUGACAGCUCUCCAGUGAGCCCACUCACUGGAAAAAAAACACACAAAAAAACAUGCUGGAUGAGUGACAGUGAAUCUUUUCUUACACUGCUUCUUAGUCAGCGCUCUGAGGAAACUCUUAAAGAACAGCUUUUACUCUAAAUCACAGGCUCAGGCUCAUUCAAGCUGACAAGAAAAAAAAUUGAAAACGUUUUUCAGGGACAUCUUAUUUUUAUUCCUUGAGCUAUCAAUCAAAAGGUUCUCUCAAAGUGAACGGGGAUUACUUUGUACAGUUCACUACUGAGAUCAAUGCAGGCGUGUUAAGUGACUUGUACAGAAACGCAGCGUCGUUCUCUCCACGCGGGACUCGCGUAGCCCUGAAUAAUAUUCUGACCUUUACCGUAAAGCUAGUGUGAGAAGACGAGCACGUCACCGCGCGAGAUAAACAAACCAGAGCUGGCUCUUCUUUAGCGAUGUAGCACAGAUCUUUUUUUAUUUAACAUACACCAUAUCCUUAGUCUUGCCUUAAAACUACUCAAAAGAACAGUCAUCAACACUGCAUCUUCUUGUAAAUGUGUAAAUAAAAGUAUUUACUAUCAUGUGGUGUUCUUGUGAACCAAACAGGGAACUUAUUCAGUAUUAGUUAAGUGAUUUUUUUUCACAGGUUAAUCCUACUCUCUGCGUGUUUUAUUUUUAUUUUUUGUACCUAUUUAAGUGACAUCUGUCUUUUAACAUCUUGCAUGCAAUAUAAUCCACCAAAUGAAAUAGGUCAAGCUUUGUAGCAAGCUGUCACCAACUAGAAAGUACAGCUAAUAAUUGUCAAGAUGCAAAUAGCAGUGAACGGGUACAAUAACCAAAAGUGAGAAAACAGAAACCUGAGAAGAAGGAAAAGUUGACCUAUAGGGAAGUUAAAUUAUAUGUACGUUAUAGCAGUUCUAACCCAACCAGUUCUCCUCCAGUCAGUCAGCUCAGCUUAUUUUCUACCUCCCGUUACUUGGCAUGUCCUCAGGUACGAGACAUCCCAGCUCAGCUUUAGAGCUGCGCCAGCAAUGCUAAUUUGUCAACUGUGAUCUCUGCAACUCAUACACUCUAUAAAUAGGGGGCUUCUUUUGUAAACUUAGCUUGAAGCAGGAGCCCACUGCAGGUCUCCAAAGGUGGUCCGCAUUGUUGCAAAUGACCACGUUGAGCUGUGCCCUAGAAGGGAGUGGUCCUGAGGUCGGAGUUAUUGUGGGUUUGCAGAUGCAAGUCCAGCUCUGAAGGCAGAUGUGCUUGUUACUUGGGCGAGCUUCGGUUCAGAUAGGGAACAUGGGUGAGGUCUCCCGUCCCCCUGAAAAGUAGUAAUUAUCCUUCUUUCCAGUGUUUAAUUAGCUGCGGCUCUCCAGAGUGACACUGUGUGCCCCAACCUGCUCCGUCCUGACUAGCAUGAUAAUUACGGACCAGAAGAGAAAAGUCGUUCCAUUUCCGUCAACUCUACAAGCCUCAAACCAUCAGCCUUGUGAAAUGUUCAAAGGUCUGUGAAGCGGGAUAUUUUUGGAGAGAUCGGCAAUUUCGGGGGCGGGCAGACGGAGGGAGGUAAAGAAGCGUCGCUUUCAUCCUCCCGCUUCUCUGACGUAAAUAUUGCAUUGGUAACUUGUGUCCUUGAAAAUAGUGAGUUGAGCUGUUCCUUCCCUCAUCCAACAUACAAUAUACUGUUGUGAAUAGCAUACCUUGUAUAACAGUUUCAAAUUGUAGCAUUGUGUUUUUAUGUAUAUAUGUGGUAUAUUGUACCUCAAUGCAUUGUUAUGGGGUUCCAUUAUUUAGUUUGAAAUAAAGAACACUUGUUUAUUUUGAA